GCAGAAUGCCUGAUUGUUGAUUACGGUCGAGCGUUGGAUUGCUGAUUACAGUCGAGCGCUGGAAUGUUGAUUACUGUCGAGCUCUUCGUGAUGACAGAAGCGCUAGCUGUCCAGGUGCUUAGGGCAAAAUGUGUCUUGUGCUCGUUGCGACGUGGGAUGGUGUGCGUCGCACUGAGACACGCUGCUUCAUGCCUGCUACUUCCCUGCGGUACUAUUGGAGCGCCUCUUGUGUCUCUCGUGCGUAACCACAGUGGCAGUUUAAAACAAAAUCUGGUUCGCACUGUCAAUCCCUCGAAGCCUGGCAAGCUGAAUUCCUGUCUGCUCUUUGGCGGUCACCAUUCAGUGGGAUUGGCCGAGAUUAUUAAUUUUGUGUGUGAAAUUGCAUGGCUUUGAAACACCACAUACCACACAACCCAUCCGCGUCUCAAGACUAUCCGAUCAAGCGCGUCUCGGGCGCGUGUGUGUUUUCGUAGAGCAGUGUGUGUCACUUUCCUAUUCUGUGUGCAGUGCCACGAGGUGACGAACCUGCCAUUUGUAGUCGUGUUGUUGUAAUCGUGUAUUAUAUAUAUAUAUAUAUAUAUGGUGACAACUCAGAUUACGGAUACAACGCAGCGUACAUUGUUAUGCGACGCUCGCUUUCAAGGCCACCAACUUAAGCCGGGUGGUCAUUGUCUGCAGACUGAUUCCAAUUUAUCUACACUGUAGGUCUGGGUGUUGCUUUCAGCCAAGCAGACAAAGCCACUUUGUAAACCAGCAUUCAACAAUGGUGACAACAACCACGCCAACGCCACCCGGUGCGCCGGCAGUGGUGCCCAUCUUCGACGUUGUCUAUCAACUGAAUCCGCACGUGUUUAGAAGUCGCUUUUCCAGGAGGAAUCGCGCCAGGCGUGUUGCGAGCAGCAAGUCACGCUCGAUAAUUCGGUGGCUUGGGUAUCUUACGGUGCUCGCUGCCGUCAUUUUGCUAGGAGCGUAUGCAGUAAGGCGUGUAUCGCGCGAUCUGUCCGACUCAGUGCGGGAAACACGACGAGGCAGGAGAAUUACAGGCAGCGUACCUCCCGGGACUACCCGUCCCCGUUCAGAGUCUUGUACUGGCACACAAGUGGACGGCGGCUGCGGCGCUGACACGUCAACCGAUGGAAAGUCUGAGAGUGAACAGACCGAAAACGGGGAGGACUCACGCUUUUCCACCCGGACCCCUAUUCAUGUCACUGCAUCGACUUCCCCAUUCGCGACGCGCAAGGCGGCGGAAGAACGCUCUUCGAGUCCGAGAGACAGAAAAGUUCCGGAGGGUGCCCAACUCCCCACGUCGUCGACACCUCAUGCACAAAGAAAGGACUCAGGUAGUGAUAGCCGGAACCCAUCUACACUCAUACCUUCACCAGGUACCAACACGUUUAACAUGAACUUUUAUAUUAUCGGAGCAGGCUCUUCAGCGCUCGAUUUUAUUUUCCCGCACACUCCGGAUGCUCAGGCUACAGUCGUCUCCCCCCCCCGCAGCGCGGCGGCCGCACCAACUGUCGAAACAGUUCCAAGGGUUCGCACUUACUCGACACCAACAACAUUAACCCUACCAACGGCACCAGCGACCGCCACUAGCAACCACAUGCAUGCCUCAGCGACUCCCUCGCCACCGGAACGUCCUCAAAACUUCCGUGGGGGACUCAUGCGGCAAAACGGCAUGGUUGAGGGGACAUCGUUAACGACUACCGAGGCUGGGAUGCCAGCGCCGUUACAAAGCCCUCAACACAUUGAGACGGAGGCGAGGUUAACGUACUCAAAUCAUCUCAAGAGCCCGCAUACACCAGAAACUCCAACUGUCCACUCAAUAGACCCCGUUGUCGGCACCAGUGGCCAUUCCGUAGCGGUGGGAUCGCAGUCUCCAGCCGGUGGACCUCCUACAGAUAGCCGCACCCCAGCGGCACUGACCCCCACAAGUUCUUCUUUCUCACAUGCAGAUUCUCUUGAAACCUCUGAGCAUCCGCAAAGUGGACCGUCGCUUCAUCCAUUAAUCUCCGGGAUACAAGAUGCCGUGCAAAGCCAACUUCCACUAUCACAACAGGAGACUCUCCCUGUGGUAGAAAAUGCGACUUUCUUCGGGCCGCAACAGACUCCACCGUGGAUGGACGAAACUGCAGCUGCUGCAAUUCCACUCGCUCCCUCACAACCAGGGUCACGUACACAACCCAUCUCGUCUCCGCAUACUCUACUUUCCCGUAGCGGCGGUGUGUCAGCUGUGCCAGGACCACCCAGAACAGAAAACCCUCGGCAACCACAAGUUCCAGGCGAAAACUCUUACUACUCUGUACCAACUGAGCGGACGAUCUCUGAUCCAGGUCCCCAAAGGGCGGGUGCGGCUCAGGCUGAUGGUAUCGGGGCUGGAGGCCCACGGGACACACAAUCAGCGGUAACUCCAUGACAUGUCUCACUGUUGUCUUCUCUCCCCCAGCGCAUGACCAAAAACCGAUAAGGGUAUUUGGUGAAUUUUCCUGUAUAGUCUUCCAUUACCCGUUCAAAGGUUUUGUUCAGGAGUCUCCCCGUGUCCGUUCAGACACCGACUACAGGGAACUUAGGGACUGGAAUGCGAGUGAUGAAGAUGAAAUCGUGAACAUCGUUAAUUUGAUGUGAUAGCAUGUAAAGGCGCAGUCUGUGCACUACUUCAACUGUUUAGAUGUUCAAACACGAUCGAGGGGGUGCUUUAUAUACUGAACUGAACGAGAAGAGACGACUCAAUUGGCAUCAUGUAUCAGUUUUACGGCAUGGGCCAUUCGACUGUGAGUAGCGAACGCUUUUCCGCAUUGUACCGCUACACACGUUCCCCCAGCGUCUCGUCGGUAAUGUAAUCUUUCUGGGUCUUUUUCUCCUUUCUGUUCAAUGCGUCGAGCAGUCCGGGUCUGUGAUUGGAUGUCCAUGUGCGCAUUUGGGUGCUGUCCAUCGUUGCACAAAGGAAACAUCCAGCUGAUUCAUCAGUUUACUAUCCAUAGCAGAAGCCCUUCAAGUUUCUGAUUUGUCUUCAGAUUUGGAAUACAUUUUGCCACUCUCAAUCUCGUGCAUCUUGUGAGGGAGGAGCUGUGCCAGCACUCCAGGGGGAUUGUCUUCCAACAACGUGCAGAACUGAAAUUGCCUGCCACAGCAUUGCUUUGAAGUCGCAGUGCUGCAAUUAUACCGGGUGGUUGUGUUACGAGAAGUGUCACGAGGGAAGACGGAUUAAAGCGGUGGCCAGUGUUGACAGUGCAGCGACUUAUUCGCGAUCGUGCUACGGCAAUGAACGGCUGCUUUUCUUCAUAUGGUGAAAUCUCUCUUGUGCAUGCUCACUCUCUACUUUCCCCCAUGUAAUCUGUCAUAGCGAACAGACGUGUUAGUCUUUUGAUAAAAAACCACGUCUAACCAUACAAGCCGGCUUUUACUCUACUAGCAAAGGAAAAAGCGUCCGGAGAAGGCACAAAACUGCUUGUCUGAAGGGG